AAACAUUAUUGGGCUAGGUCCAUUAGUUUCCAUUACAGUGAACCUGAAUGUUGGGGUGUUGGCAAGGUUUUAAGAAUGAGCAGAAAUGGUUUUCCUAUUAUUUCGCUAUACGUGAAGUGAAUAUGUUAAGCAAAAAGGAUGUUUCAUGAUCCCAAGAAUGCUGCUAUACAGACGCAUCAGAUCUUCUCUAUCCAAGUUUCGCUCGCAUUUCAUCAUCAUAAACUUUAUUUAUACAUCCAUCUUUCCUUCAUUUUUUGUUUCCAAAAUCCACUAUUCUCAUCCAAGAAGCUCACUUCUUGCUCCUCUUUACGCACAUUGAGAACCCACAUCCAAAUAAAUGCGAAAAUCGAUCAAAAGGGCUCUCGUUGCCUUGUCCAUAUGCAUUCCCCUACUCUUUCUCUCGUUACUCCUUUCCGGAACCGUCGACUACAAAUCCCAGAUCCUCUCCUUCUUCCCCCAGCUCAAUAACGUUACGGCCUGCCGCACCGCGUCCCCUCCUCUCCGCGUCUACAUGUACGAUUUGCCGCCUCGUUUCAAUGCCGGCUUAUUGGACGCCUCUUUUCCCGAAAAUACUUCGGUAACUGCGGCCAAUUAUCCAGCCUGGAGGUGGAAUGACGGCCUCCGUAGGCAGCACAGUGUGGAGUACUGGAUGAUGGCCUCCCUUUUACACGAGGGAAAUGAUGAGUCCGGGUUGACUAGGGACGCGGUCCGGGUUUCGGAUCCGGACUCAGCUGACGUCUUUUUUGUGCCCUUCUUCUCGUCUUUUAGUCUCAAUGUUUAUGUCCACAACAUGAAGGAGUCGAAUACAGUUGAUGAGAAAUUGCAGCUCGAGAUAGUCAAUAUUUUAAGAGCAUCCGAUUAUUGGAAAAGGUCUGGCGGACGGGACCAUGUAAUUCCCCUGCAUCAUCCAAAUGCUUUCAGACAGUAUCGUCAUGAAGUUAAUGCAUCCAUAUUCAUUGUUUCUGAUUUUGGUCGUAUAAUGAACAUUUCUAGACUAGCGAAAGAUGUUGUUGCCCCCUACCUACACAUGGUGGAGUCAUAUGAUACUGAAGAUGAUAAAGAUCCAUAUGAGUCUCGUCACACACUUCUCUUCUUCCGUGGGAGGACUAAGAGAAAAGAUGAGGGAAAAAUUCGUGCUCAACUGCAGAAGAUGUUAAAAGGUACAAAAGAUGUCAUAUAUGAGGAGGCCUAUGCAUCACAAGAAGGCUUCAAAGCUUCUGCUGAACAAAUGCGUUUGUCAAAGUUCUGUCUCCAUCCAGCCGGUGAUACUCCAUCAUCUUGCCGUCUAUUUGAUGCUAUUGUGAGCCACUGUGUUCCUGUUAUUGUGAGUGACAGAAUUGAGCUACCGUUUGAAAAUGAAUUAGACUACAAGGAGUUCUCCAUCUUCUUCUCAGAUAAUGAGGCACUGCAACCAGGCUAUAUGGUCAGUGAGCUCAGGAAGUUUCCAAAAGAUAAAUGGGUUAAAAUGUGGUCCCGGCUUAGAAACAUUUCUCAUCACUUUGAAUUCCAGUACCCCCCAAAGAAGGAUGAUGCUGUGAAUAUGAUUUGGAGACAGGUUAAGCAGAAGGUACCUGCAGUUAAUCUUGCUGUACACCGGAGUAGAAGGCUGAAAAUACCAGAUUGGUGGAGAUAGUGGCUUGAUUUUGUAAUAUUGUACAUUCAUAUUUUCAUUCUUGUAAACGAUCCCUAGAUAUGUAUAGAGGAAAUCAGAAGCACAUGAAUCCUUCAAAAGAGCUGCAAGAAAAGCUUUGGUUCCAGAAUUCAUUUGGGAGCACAUUUACUGCU